UUUCAUUGCUGUUUGUUCUUCGUCUGAUCGUCUCCGCCCAAUUUUUUUUUUUUUUAAAAACUCCCCCCUAAAACUCAAGACUUCACUCCUUUGAGACUGAAACACUGGGAAAACCCACUGAAAUUUGAUGCACAUUGCUUUACAGAGGCUGUAAAACCCUUAGAAAUCACUGAAUUUUCACAUCUAAGCACCGAGAAGAUUAGGGUUUAGGGGGGGUUUUGUUCUUAAUUUCUCCUUCCUCUCCACAAACUUUCAAUAUUUUGGUGCAAUGGGGGCUUCGCCAGAUGGAAAGGGAAACGGGGGAAUGGGCAGUACUAGUGGUGAAAAGUUUGCAAAUGGAACUGAUUUGAAUAUGGAUAUAGAUGAAGAUGAUGAUGUGUUUGAUGAGCUGGUCAGUGUGCAAGAGCUGGGAGAAGAGUUUUUGAGGAAUUUCUGUAGGAAAGCUGCCGUGUCUUUCUUCAAUCAGUAUGGUCUAGUAAGUCAUCAAAUAAACUCUUACAAUGAUUUCAUAAAAUACGGUCUCCAGAACACCUUCGACUCCUUUGGGGAGUUUGUUAUUCAUUCUGGUUAUGAUCCAUCGAAGAAGGGAGAAGGUGACUGGCGUCAUGCCAGAGUGAAGUUUGGGAAAGUCACCGUUGAGAGGCCAACCUUUUGGGCUGUCACAGGUGGCAAUGAGCUCAACAUGCUUCCUAGGCAUGCCCGCCUUCAGAACAUGACUUACUCAUCCAGGAUGAAGGUUACUGUUGAGCUUCAGGUAUAUACAGCAAAAAGUGUAAAGAGUGACAAGUUUAAAACUGGAAGAGAAGAAAUUGUUGAAGAGGAGAUCGUGCAUCAAGAUAACAGGGAGAUUAUAAUUGGAAGGAUCCCUGUGAUGGUUAAGUCUGAGCUGUGCUGGAUGAAUGAGGUUGAAAAGUCUGAUUGUGAUUUUGAUCACGGAGGUUAUUUUCUCAUCAAGGGCGCAGAGAAGAUAUUCAUUGCACAAGAGCAAAUCUCUCUGAAGAGGCUCUGGAUUUCAAACAUACAGGGCUGGACUGUUGCCUACAGGUCGGAGGUGAAGAGAAAUAGGCUAAUUAUCAGACUAGUGGAGAAUUCCAAAGUAGAAUAUAUCAAAGGGGGGGAGAAAAUCCUGACUGUUUUCUUCUUGUCGAUUGAGAUCCCCGUUUGGAUUUUAUUUUUUGCCCUUGGUGUACGAUCAGACAAGGAAGUUGUAAGUCUGAUUGAUUAUGGAAGCAGUGAUUCAAGUAUAUCAAACAUACUGUUCGCGUCGAUUCGUGAUGCUGAUUGGAAAUGCCGCAAUUUUCGUGAAGAAAGUGCUGCUCUCAACCAUUUGGAUAGGUUACGCAAAGAAACUAGAUUUCCCCCCGAAGAAAGUGUUGAAGAGUGCCUUGGAAAGUAUCUGUUUCCCUCUCUCAAAGGAUUCAAGCAGAAGGCUCGGUUCUUGGGGUACAUGGUCAAGAGUCUUUUGCAAGCAUUCACCGGUCAUCGAAAAUGUGACAAUAGAGAUGAUUUUAGGAACAAGAGGUUGGAGUUGGCCGGUGAGCUGCUUGAGCGUGAGAUGAAAGUUCAUAUUGCCCAUGCAAGGAGACGUAUGGCAAAGACUCUGCAGAGGGAUCUUUAUGCGGAUCGUACUGUUCGUCCAAUUGAGCAUUAUCUUGAUGCUUCCAUAGUUACAAAUGGGCUCUCUAGAGCAUUUUCUACUGGAGCUUGGUCUCAUCCUUACAAAAAGAUGGAAAGGAUAUCAGGUGUAGUGGCAAAUCUCGGACGAGCAAAUCCAUUGCAGACAAUGGUUGAUUUGAGAAAAACACGACAGCAGGUUCAGUACACUGGAAAGGUCGGAGAUGCGAGAUACCCACAUCCUUCUCAUUGGGGAAAAGUUUGCUUUCUCUCUACUCCUGAUGGUGAAAAUUGUGGGCUUGUUAAGAAUCUGGCUACCACUGCUCUUGUGAGUACGAACAUAGUGAAAUCCGUAGUGGAAUCCAUAGUCGACACGUUGUUUGAUUCUGGAAUGGAGAAAGUGGUUAAUGAUACUUCAAGCUCACUUGAUGGGAAAGAUAAGGUCUUUCUGAAUGGGGAAUGGGUUGGUGUUUGUGAAGAUUCUCUUUUCUUUGCCGCUGAACUUAGAAGAAAACGACGCAGGAAAGAAUUGCCGUAUCAGGUGGAAAUUAAAAGAGAUGAGCAUAAAGGAGAGGUGCGGAUCUUUACUGAUGCUGGGAGGAUUCUACGCCCGCUUUUAGUUGUUGAAAAUCUGUUCAAACUAAAAGCAUUCAAGGGCAAGGAAAAUUAUGCUUUCCAGCCCCUUUUAGACAAGGGGAUUGUUGAACUCAUUGGAGCUGAAGAGGAAGAAGAUUGUCGCACGGCAUGGGGUAUCAGGUACCUCUUAACCGAAGUUGAGGGGAAGCAACCUGUCAAGUACACGCAUUGUGAGCUGGACAUGUCAUUUCUUUUGGGUUUAAGCUGUGGAAUCAUUCCAUUUGCCAAUCAUGAUCAUGCGCGGAGGGUUCUUUACCAAGCCCAGAAGCAUUCUCAGCAGGCAAUUGGGUUCUCUACAACGAACCCAAACAUCAGGGUGGACACUUUGUCGCACCAGAUGUAUUAUCCCCAAAGGCCACUCUUCCAUACGAUGACUGCUGAUUGUCUUGGUAAAUCUGGAUUUCCUCUUGGUCAGAAUAGAUUGGAACCGAAGCCAGAACUCUACAAUGGCCAGAAUGCUAUUGUGGCUGUAAAUGUUCAUCUCGGUUACAACCAAGAGGAUUCCUUGGUAAUGAACCGGGCCUCGAUAGAGCGUGGGAUGUUCCGCACCGAACAUGUAAGAAGUUACAAAGCUGAAGUAGAUAACAAGGAAAUCCAGGAGAAGAGGCGGAAGGCUGAAGAUAUUGUAAACUUUGGAAAAACAGAAAGUAAGAUUGGACGGGUGGACAGCCUUGAUGAUGAUGGUUUUCCUUAUAUCGGUGCUUCCCUGCAGUCUGGUGACAUUGUCAUUGGGAGGUUUGCGGAAUCUGGAGCUGAUCAUGGUGUAAAACUGAAGCACACCGAAAGAGGCAUGGUUCAGAAAGUUGUGUUAUCUUCAAAUGAUGAUGGGAAAAAUUUUGCUGUGGUGUCUCUGAGACAGGUUCGUUCUCCCUGUCUUGGAGACAAGUUCUCAAGCAUGCAUGGGCAAAAGGGGGUCCUUGGUUUUCUGGAGUCUCAUGAGAACUUUCCUUUCACAACUCAAGGAAUAGUUCCUGAUAUCGUGAUUAACCCACAUGCAUUUCCUUCACGACAAACGCCAGGUCAACUCUUGGAGGCUGCCUUGGGAAAGGGGAUCGCCUGUGGUGGGUCGAAGAAACAUGCCACCCCUUUCUCCACUCUCUCCAUAGAUGCCAUUACAGAACAGCUUCACAGGGCUGGGUUUUCAAGAUGGGGAAAUGAGAGAGUUUACAAUGGUCGGACUGGUGAGAUGGUUCGGUCACUCAUAUUUAUGGGUCCAACAUUCUAUCAGCGUCUUGUCCACAUGGCUGAAGACAAAGUGAAAUUUCGUAACACUGGACCUGUGCACCCACUUACAAGGCAGCCAGUUGCAGACCGGAAACGUUAUGGCGGGAUCAAAUUUGGUGAGAUGGAGCGGGACUGCCUUAUUGCUCAUGGUGCAUCAGCCAACUUGCAUGAGCGCCUCUUCACGCUUAGCGAUUGCUCACAGAUGCAUGUAUGUCAGAAUUGCAAAAAUGCUGCAAAUGUUAUUGAACGGACCGUAGCAGCUGGUCGGAAGAUUAGGGGACCCUAUUGCCGGGUUUGCCAGUCAGGGGAUGAGAUUGUGAAGGUUAGUGUGCCGUAUGGUGCCAAGUUACUGUGCCAGGAACUAUUCAGCAUGGGGAUUAGUCUGAAAUUUGAGACACAGCUUUGUUGAGUUAGCUGCUAAACUCUUUAUCAACUGUUAUAACUUCUAAUCGCAAAUACUUGGGUUCUUUUGGUUGAAUGAUGAUGUAAAUAUUAGCAAUCGAAGUUAUUGCAGAAUUUAACUUGUCAA